AUGUCUACUGGAAAACUGAUUAAUUUUAUAUCCUCAUUCUUUUCUCUCUCGGAAGAAUUUUUUCCUAAUCCUUUUGUUUCUAAAACUUUAAGCAAGCUCGCAUGGUUAAUGAUGUCUCAUUGGGCUCUCAAAAAAUUAGACAAACAUGCGUAUCAUUACUUAAAGAUGAAUUGUCCAGAGGGUGAUUGUUAUGGGGUGCUCGCGGUUCAUCGAAUCUGUUUCUCCCUUUCAAUUUUUCAUUUCAUUUUGGGUCGUUUGGUUCUCGGAGUUAAAGAUAAACGCGAUAAAUGGGCUAGUGUUCACUAUAGUUGGUGGGGUUCUAAAGUUUUAUUAUGGAUAUUCCUCCUUGUCUUCUCUUUCUUUCUACCAAAUGAAUUAUUCAUAGUUUGGGGCAAUCUAGUUUCUGUAAUUGGCGCUGUUUGUUUCAUCUUAUUUGGUUUAGUUCUUUUGGUUAAUUUCGCACAUACGUGGAGUGAAAAAUGCGCAGAAAAAAUUGCGUCAUCUUCUGAGAGCAACAAAUGGAAAUGUCUUUUAACCUCUUCAACCAUUGCCAUGUUCGUUGGCGCCUUCAUAUUUAUUGGCAUUAUGCUAAAAUACUUCACCGGUCCUGAUUGUCAAUCAAAUAAUUUUUUCAUAAUAUCCAAUAUUGUUCUAUGUUUUAUUGCAAUACUUCUUUCUAUUCAUCCGGCUAUAAAAAAAGCAAACCCUAACUCAGGAUUCUCUCAAGCUUCAAUGGUGGUAUUAUACUGUACAUAUCUUAUAAUGAGCGCCAUAGCGAAUGAACCAUUUGACAGUCAUAUGUGUAAUCCGUUGGCAAGUAACCAUCGGGCCCGUAAAGUUACCACUGCCAUUGGGGCGAUAUUCACAUUUGUAGCCGUUGCAUAUUCAACAUUUAGAACCGCUUGCAAAGGCAACGAAUUAAUGUAUGAGCCUAAUCAUUUUAAUGAUGACUUCCUUAUAGAAGAUAAUCCCAUAGUUCAACAAAAUGAAAAAAAUAACUCAUGUUCUUAUGAAAAGAUGUCCAUGAAUGAGAAAUGCUGUGAACAGACUACCAAUACAAAUGAUGAUAAUCAAAACCUUAAAAUUGCAUAUAAUUACGAAUUCUUUCACUUCAUAUUUGCUAUUGCUACAAUGUAUGUUUCAAUGUUAUUGACAUACUGGAAUACUAUUACCAUGACUGGAAAAGAAAAAUUGGUAACAGUAGGUCAUAGUAAUGUGAUCGUAUGGGUUAAGGUGAUAUCAAGUUGGUUGUGUUUCUUGAUUUAUUUUUGGACACUUUUUGCACCUAUUCUUAUGCCACAUAGGUUUUUGAAACAUGAUAUCAAAUCUGAAAAAAAUAAUUUGGCCAAUAAAUUAUAA